UGCAUGCGCAAACAUUGAUGAGAUUGACAGUUUUGGGGAGAGAAAAAACGAAUCUAUGGCCCUAAACCUUGGACCCCAGUCAACAUUUGCCCACGGUUAAUACGUAACCAAUGAUGAGGAGCUGAACACAAAGAGAGAAACGAGACGGAUCAUACACUGGCUUCAUCAGGGUCCUUUUUAAGCUGACUCGUCCCGUGUCACUCCCACCCCCUUGGAAGGCGUCUUCACCACAGGAAUCGGGGCAGCUGGAUGGGGGAAUGAAGUGCCGGACCUCUUUCUACCUCCCCAAAGAUACAGCCAAACACCUGCACAUAGGCUCCCGGACACAGGUACGAGAGGUCAUAGAGGCCCUGCUCAACAAGUUCACUGUGGUGGACAACCCGGCCAAGUUCGCCCUGUUUGAGCGACGUGAACGUCAAAACCAGAAUUCUAGCUAGCUACUGUCUUCUACUUGAUUAACAACGUCCCUGUCUCAAACUGUCAACACCUUCAUCGAGCACCAACUAGCUACAUCUCCUGGGUGCAGUCUGGCCAAGAAAAUAAUGUCCUACAGUUGAAGAUGGGAGGUAGUGGCUCCAAAACCAAGGGUUAUUGGCCUUUUGCUGGUUCAGGCAGUGUUGAUGGUGAUCCAACCAAAGAGGGAGUCGACGAACAGUCGCUGGCGAGGCUCCGAAGUUUCCAAAGGGCGACGCCCUUCGUGUUUACCAGACAAAGCUCCCUGUACUUUGACGAGGAUGGAGACCUCGCCCACGAGUUCUAUGAGGAGACGGUUGUGACGAAGAACGGCCGCAAGAGGGCCAAACUGAAGAAGAUCCAGAAAAACCUCAUACCUCAGGGAACCAUAAAGCUGGAGCACCCCUGCAUCCAUGUGGAUUUCCCUGUCGUUCUCUGUGAGGUUUGAUGAAGCCUGGAGCCACGUUUUGAGACCAGACUCAGACUAGCCAAUGUGUCAACUCCGUCCCCCUGUUUCCCUCUCCACCCAUACUUUACCCUGAAGCCCUCUAAACCACCGUGGUCUCCCUAUGAUGAUGUUUGGCCGGAGCCCUGACUUGUGAUGAUAGACAGGCUGUCUAAACACAUGAUUGUGUUGAGCACCUGCAUGUGGAUCUGUGAAACACGUCAGUUAAGAUGGCUGGAGACAUAAUUAUUGCUCACGUUAAAUAUUUACAGUAUGUGUGUUAGUGGAUAUGGAAUGAAGUGUGACAACAGCUUGUCUGCCUGUCUCACAGCAGCAGUGUGCUCUGGUAGGAGGAUCCAUUGUACUUUGUAAGAAGAAUGUAAUGGGACAAUUUGAGUUGAACCAUGGGCUGUUAAGUAGAGUCUCUCAAAAUAGGCCGGCAAUCCUAUAUCUUUAAACCCUGCCCUAGAGAGUUAAUUUACCAUCUGUACGCAUUAAGGGGUGAGAUUUUCCGAUACCUGUUCAGUCUUCAGAGCUUCCAGAGUAAUGAUAGGGCUUCAGCUAUUAGGGCCAUAUCCUGAGGUCAGAGAUAUAGGAAUAUUUAAUGCACAUUUUAUGUUUACAAGUAAAACAAAAAAACACCAUUGGCUUGAUAUAAUUUCCACCAUGCGUGACGAUGGCUCUGCUUCUCAUUCCCCAUGAUGGAGCUAGACAAUUGGUGGCCAAUGUGAUCUAAGCUUAUCUUAAUGUGACGUGUUGUAAUGUUUGACUGGCUGUGGUGAUCAUGAUGUCAAGACCAGGGCUUUAUGAAAUGUUUGAGUAUGCGCUGAUCUAGAAUCAGUUUUAACUUUUGAGAUCAUCAUAGUGAAUCACAUUGACAUUAAAGGGACGGGGGGCGGGCUGGGGUCUGAUCCUAGCUCAGCAAUGCUACUGAACUGCUUUUUUUUUUUUUUUUUUUUUUUUGCACGGGCCCAGGCCUCAGACACACGUACAGAGAAGCACGAACUUUAGUCCCCCUGGGAAAGUCCUCUGUUCCUUCACUGCUUUAGCGCAAUACAUUUCACUGUUAAUUUAUUUUAACUGUUAUAAUGGCAUUAUUUUUAAUUACAACUCAAAAUGUAUCCAGUUGGGUCGUGGUCCCUUUGUCUUCUACAUUCCAUUACAGAAACAGAUGUCUCCCUCUUUCAACUGUGGAAUUUCUGUGUUCUCUUCUCCCCAUAUCUGUGUUCAUGGAUAGUGUUAUGGAAUAGGUUACUUAUUUUAGACAGCACACUACAGCUCACUACCACUUCCACACUCCAUUCCCCCGCCAGGGGGCAGCAGCAACCUUGUCCAGGUGUUGAGCCUGGUUGAUAAGCACAUCAGGUGCUGCCAAUUCAGUUGGUCAAUAGUCAGUGUCCCAGCUUGAGAGCCAUGAGGCUGCUGGGUUGGUUUGGUGGCCAUGAAGCCUUUCGUUUUGAUGUUGUCUCUUUAGUUUAGGUAUGCCUGUUUGUAGUUUUUUAUACAUUUGUUUCCGUCACCAUCUGAACAUAAUAAUCUGCUUGGGCUCGCCAACCCGAAGGAGUCAAGUCAGAGCUGGACCUAAGGCAAGGUUGCUGUCUCCCUGGGCACAUGUGCACCCAACACGGUCCUCAAACACUGAUUUCUCAUACAAUGAACAAAAAUAAACCCAACAUGUAAAGUCCCAUGUUUCAUGAGUUUAAAUAAAAAAUCCCCAAAAAGUUC